AAGUGAAACUGCGGUCGCGACGCGCUCGUUGACAUCCAUCAAUGCGCAGCUGCGUUGCCCUUCUUCUCGCGUGCGCCAAGCCGUUCUGUGCUCUGGUUCUCGAAGCCCCGUGCUGUUCCGAGAAGGUGCACAUUCCGGCCGACUUUGGCGCACGCCAUGCUCUCCAGCAGCAUGAGCUUCUCCUUGCGUCGCCACUCGACUUGUGCUCGCCGAUCAAUCGGCAGCUCAACGCAACCGGGAAGUUCCUCCUCGCGCUGCGCGGCAAGUGCCGCUUCCUCACGAAAGCGUACCUCGCACAACGCGCCAACGCGUCGGGUCUUAUUGUCAUGGACGAUGUCGACCGGGACGCGUGGGAGGUUCGGAUGCACAGUGACGACCACGACGCGACGCAAGACAUUGCGAUUCCCGCCGUCUUUGUGUCGCACGCCACGGGCCGCGAACUCGCCGCGCAUGUGCGCGCAAGCGCGGUCGUCGUCUCGCUCAAUGGCACGGGCGAAGUCUAUACGAUCACACAAUUCCUCGAGCGCUGGGACCUCAGCGCCGAGCACGUCCGGCUUGUCCACGCGGCGCUCGACUUUGGCCAGGCCAUGCUGCCUUACAUGGGCUACGUCUACGCGAUAUCGUUUGCCUAUGUUCUCGUGAGUAGCCUCUAUGCACUGCUCCUCAACUGGUCCGUGGCCGUCGCGCGGCGCAUCUUUUUGCUUGGUCCGUGGCGCCACGUCUCCUACAGCCAGCACUUGGACCUUGUAUACACAAGACAGCGACGACCUCCUCAUGGUACGCUGCCAUAGAUGAUGGCAACGUCGGGCGAAGCCGCCUCCUGCGCGAUCUGCCUGGACCAGUUUGGACCCUGCGACCAAAUCAAGCUCCUUCCGUGCACGCACAUCUACCACCGGAGCUGCAUUGACAAGUGGUUCGAGAAGGGCAGCAAUGCGUGCCCGCUCUGCAAGCGGCCCGCCUUUCCCUAGGAAGCGACUCGAUCGACUAGGAAGCGACUCGAUCGAGCGCGUCGACUAACUAAACGAGCGGUGACGCGCGGUGGAUCUCUCUGCAAUCUCGCGUGCGCACGGUCGUGGCGGACGGUGCACAUUCUGUUGCAUAUACAAAAAGCAAGUUGAUACAAAAAGACGCGUCACCUCGCCGGAUGACUUGUCCAUUUGGAUUUUUAUGAUUUUAUUAGUUUAAUUU